AUGAAGGCUGUGAGCCAGCAGCAAGCCAGCCAGCUCUUACACAACAAGUUUGUUGUUGUCCUGGGGGACUCGAUUCAGCGCUCAGUGUAUAAGGACAUUGUGCUUCUGCUGCAAAAGGACAAAUAUCUCAGCUUGGGUCAGCUCAAGACUAAGGGAGAGAUGAGCUUCGAGCAAGACAUCCUGGUGGAGGGCGGACGGCUGGGUCAAAUGACCAAUGGGACGGAAUACCGUGAGGUGCGUCAGUUCCGCUCAGACCACCACCUGGUGCGGUUCUACUUCCUGACGAGGAUCUACUCGCGCUACAUGCAGAGCAUCCUGAGGGACUUCGAAGACGGUCUCAAACCAGACGUCGUCAUCGUUAACUCCUGUCUCUGGGACGUCUCCAGGUAUAACCCUAAAUGGCAUGUUGAGUACCAGGAGAACCUUCAUAAGCUCUUUGACAAGAUGAACUCCAUCCUGCCUCCUGAAUGUCUGGUCAUCUGGAACAUGACCAUGCCCCUGGGGAAGAGGAUCGUAGGGGGCUUCUUCGUUCCUGAGAUGGAGCACAGGGGCCCAACGCUGUGCUACGACGUGAUCCAGGCCAACUUCUACAGCAGCAAGGUGGCCGACGCCUACGGCCUUGACGUCCUGGACCUCCACUUCCAGUUCCGCUUCUCGCUUGCGCACCGCAUGAAGGAUGGGGUCCACUGGAACUCUCUGGCCCACCGACGUAUCACCGCCUUACUGCUGCAACAUGCUGCAGAGGCCUGGGGAGUGGUGCUGCACUGUCCUGCCACUACUGUGGAGCACAUUGAUCAUUCAGAGCAGCAGCAGCUCAAAGCCCACACAAAAACCAUGACCAAGAACAGAGGAUGGAAUCCUGCUGAGGACUCAGGCCUUGAGCCCUACAGACCAGCUUCGGAUGAACCCUACAGACUAGCUUCGGAUGAACCCUACAGGCCUCUGGAAGGGAAAUACAAAGGCUGCGGAGAACAGUUCUACGAGGACGAGCUUCCUGUCCACCCCAAGUACGGCGCUGGCUACUUCAGCUUCGAGGAGGACCAAGCCGACAGACCAAGCCUGGUCAACAGACAGCCGACUGCCCCGGUGCAUCACAGACACACCCAAGUGGUCAACCACAGACAGACGGCGGUCUACAGACAUCCCCCAGUCAACAGACACUCACAGGACAACAGAUGCAGUGAAAAUAACGGGAUGGUCCGGAACAGUACUAGACACUACAGGCCGGUGCAGCAUAAUGAGGCCUACCACCCCAGAUCCUACGUCCCUCUCCGUCCUGAGAACCAGUAUGUGAUGAGGAAGAAACAACCGAAGAAGCACUACGCCCCGUACACAUGCCAGAGAUACUGA